GGUCAGCAGGAAGGACUUCCGGGGAGCGCCGGCAGCAGCGCCGCCGCCAUGACCUCGCUCCGCGCCUUCACCUGCGACGACCUCUUCCGCUUCAACAACAUCAACCUGGACCCGCUGACCGAGACCUACGGCAUUCCUUUCUACCUGCAGUACCUGGCGCACUGGCCCGAGUACUUCAUCGUGGCGGAGGCACCGGGCGGGGAGCUCAUGGGUUACAGUGCCGCCGCCGAGAGCCGUAAGGCUGGGGGUCGUUCCGACGGAGCUCCGUGUCCAGACAGAAGUGUGGCCCUCGAGGUACGCCGCUGUGUGACCCACAAUUGUACAGAGCUGCCGAAUCUAAUGGGUAAAGCAGAAGGCUCUGUGGCUAGAGAAGAGUGGCAUGGGCAUGUUACUGCGCUCUCUGUUGCACCGGAAUUUCGGCGGCUGGGUUUGGCUGCCAAACUGAUGGAACUACUGGAAGAAAUUUCAGAGAAAAAGGGUGGAUUUUUCGUUGAUCUCUUUGUGAGAGUAUCAAAUCAGGUUGCAGUAAAUAUGUAUAAGCAACUAGGCUACAGCGUAUACCGGACAGUGUUAGAGUACUACUCUGCUAGCAACGGGGAGCCAGACGAAGAUGCUUAUGAUAUGAGAAAAGCUCUUUCCAGGGAUACGGAGAAGAAAUCAAUUAUACCUCUGCCCCAUCCUGUGAGACCAGAAGACAUUGAGUAACUGUAAGCUGUGAUUCUAAGAAAACAUACUAAGAGUGUCAGGUUCUUUCUCUGCCAGCCUAUCUAGGACUUACAGAUGAGAAAUCUUAGGCUUGAUCUCCUCUUCAUAUGAAACACUGAAAACAAUACUGAGAAGCCUAUGUACACUGCCUCUAUUGAUAAAAUAGCUACGUACUUUUGCAUUUGCUCUCAUGAUUUUCAUCUCAAAUAUCGGAAAUGCAGACUAUUAAAUGAGGUAACCCCUGA